GGGUCCCGGGGCGGCCGAGCGCCGAAGACGAACUGGAAGGCGGGUAGAGGGCGCGGGAGCCGGCGACGCAAAGCGGGCAUCGGACUGACCCCCCAACAGGCCCCGCCCCGGCCCCGGCCCGGUCGAUGGACCCCCCCGCGGCCAAACGGAGCCGGGGCUGCCCCGCGGGACCCGAGGAGCGCGAUGCCGGGACCGGGGCCGUGCGCGGCCGGGGCCGGCCCGAGGCGCUGCUGGACCUCAGUGCCAAGCGAGUAGCCGAGACCUGGGCCUUCGAGCAGGUGGAGGAGCGGUUUUCCAGGGUGCCAGAGCCGGUCCAGAAGCGCAUUGUGUUCUGGUCAUUCCCACGCAGCGAACGGGAGAUCUGUAUGUACUCGUCCCUGGGCUACCAGCCCCCAGAGGGCGAGCACGACGCCCGCGUGCCCUUCACCCGUGGGCUGCACCUGCUGCAGAGUGGGGCCGUAGACCGCGUGCUGCAAGUGGGGUUCCAUCUGAGCGGAAACAUCCGGGAGCUGGGGGGCCCUGGAGAGCCCGAGCGCCUCUACCACGUCUCCAUCAGCUUUGACCGCUGCAAGAUCACGUCGGUGAGCUGCGGCUGUGACAACCGGGACCUCUUCUACUGUGCACACGUGGUGGCUCUGUCUCUGUACCGCAUUCGACAUGCGCGCCAGGUGGAGCUGCGGCUGCCCAUCUCUGAGACACUGUCCCAGAUGAACAGAGACCAGCUGCAGAAGUUCGUGCAGUACCUCAUCAGCGCCCACCACACCGAGGUGCUGCCCACCGCCCAGCGCCUGGCUGACGAGAUCCUCCUGCUGGGCUCUGAGAUCAACCUGGUGCAUGGUGCCCCAGACCCCACCGCGGGUGCAGGCAUCGAGGAUGCCAACUGCUGGCACCUGGACGAGGAGCAGAUCCAGGAGCAGGUGAAGCAGCUGCUGUCCAACGGCGGCUACUACGGCGCCAGCCAGCAGCUGCGCUCCAUGUUCUGCAAGGUGCGGGAGAUGCUGCGGAUGCGGGACUCCAACGGGGCGCGCAUGCUGAUCCUCAUGACGGAGCAGUUCCUGCAGGACCCGCGCCUGGCCCUGUGGCGGCAGCAGGGCGCAGGCAUGACCGACAAAUGCCGGCAGCUGUGGGACGAGCUGGGGGCCCUGUGGGUGUGUGUUGUCCUGAGCCCCCACUGCAAACCAGAGGAGCGGGUGAGCUGGCUCCAGCUGCUUGGCAAGUGGGACAAGCUGGACGUGUGCCCGCUGGAAGAGGGCAACUACUCCUUCGACGGGCCCAGCCUGCAGCCCAGCGUGGCCCUCAGCCCAGGUCCAGAGGAGGAGGAGGAAGAGGAGGAGGUGAUGGCCGCAGGUUCCCGCCACACCGUCUUUGGCCGCGCCCUCCAGGCCGGGUCACUGCACUGGAGUGACACCCACCUGCAGAGGAUCCUGGCCAGUGACUCCUACGGCCCCAGCCUCACAGGCACCAUGGGCAGUGAAAAGCCAACCUUUGACCCCCAGGGCCGCCCACUCUGGCUGGGCGAGCCCUUCCCCACGGCCUGUGCCCGAGUGGACACCCUGCGUGCCCACGGAUACCCCCGCCAGGCCCUGCGGCUGGCAGGUGCCAUCGUCAACACGCUCCGGCUGCAGCGGCGGCAUCAACUCGAGAGCUAUAAGCAGCAGAAAAAAGAGCUGCUGCAGAAAGGUAACACCUGCAUCACCAACACGGAAGGAUGGGUGGGCCACCCACUGGACCCCAUCGGCUGCCUCUGCAGGGCACUUCUGGAAGCCUGCCGCCUGGAGGAGGAGACACUUGCCCUUUACCCAGACUCUGGCCCCGAGAAGCGGAAGGCGGCCUACCAGCACGUGCCGGUGCCCGGGAGCCCCGGGGAGUCUUACUUGGCCUUGGCCCUUGAGGUGGCACUGCUGGGCCUGGGGCAGCAGCGGGCCCUGCCGGAGGGACUGUACGCCCAAGACAAGGUGGUGCGCAGCGAGGAGCAGCUGCUGGCCUUGCUGGAGGAGGUGGAACUGGACGAGCGGCUGGUGCAGGUGCUGCGCAAGCAGGCGGGGCUGCUGCUGGAAGGGGGUCCCUUCAGCGGCUUCGGAGAGGUGCUGUUCCGGGAGAGCGUGCCCAUGCACACCUGUGCCCGCUACCUGUUCACGGCGCUGCUGCCCCACGACCCCGACCUGGCCUACCGCCUCGCGCUGAGGGCCAUGAGGCUGCCUGUGCUGGAGACAGCGUUUCCCGCCGGAGAACCGCACCCCAGCCCACUGGACUCCAUCAUGAGCAACCGCUUCCCCCGCUGGUUCAUCCUCGGUCACCUGGAAACACGCCAGUGCGAGCUGGCUUCUGCCAUGCUGACAGCCGCCAAGGGAGACCCCAAGUGGCUGCAUGCCGUGCUGGGCUCCAUCCAGCAGAACAUCCACUCGCCAGCCCUGCUCUUCAAGCUGGCGCAGGACGCCUGCAAAACGGCCACCCCGGCCAGUGCGCCUCCCGACACCACGCUGCUGGGCAUUGCGCUGGAACUGGGCCUACAGGUGAUGCGGAUGACCUUGAACACCAUGACCUGGAGGCGCCGGGAGAUGGUGCGGUGGCUGGUCAGCUGUGCCACAGAGAUCGGCCCACAAGCCCUGAUGAAUAUCAUGCAGAACUGGUAUUCCUUAUUCACACCGGUGGAGGCUGCCACCAUCGUGGCGGUGACGGGCACCACGCACGCCACGCUGUCGCGGCUGCAGCUGGACGCACCCCGGAGGGAGGAGCUCUGGGCCUGUGCGCGCACCCUGGCCCUGCAGUGCGCCAUGAAGGACCCGCAGAACUGCGCCCUGCCCGCGCUCACGCUGUGCGAGAAGAACCACGCGGCCUUCGAGGCGGCCUACCAGAUAGUGCUGGACGCCGCGGCCGGCGGCCUGGGCCACGCCCACCUCUUCACGGUGGCCCGCUACAUGGAGCACCGCGGCCUGCCGCUGCGGGCCUACAAGCUGGCCACGCUGGCCCUGGCGCAGCUCAGCAUCGCCUUCAACCAGGAUAGCCACCCGGCCGUCAAUGAUGUGCUCUGGGCCUGCUCGCUUAGCCACUCUCUGGGCCGGCACGAGCUCUCCGCCAUCGUCCCCCUCAUCAUCCGCAGCAUCCACUGCGCCCCCAUGCUCUCCGACAUCCUGCGCCGCUGGACCCUCUCAGCCCCCGGCCUGGGGCCGCUGGGGGCCCGCCGAGCCGCCAAGCCGCUGGGCGCCGACCGGGCGCCGCUCUGCCAGCUCCUGGAUGCCGCGGUGGCCGCCUACAUCGCCACCAGCCACUCCCGCCUCACGCAUAUCAGCCCGCGGCACUACGGCGACUUCAUCGAGUUCCUGGGCCAGGCCCGUGAGACCUUCCUGCUGGCGCCUGACGGGCACCUGCAGUUUGCCCAAUUCUUGGAGAACCUCAAACAGACCUACAAGGGCAAGAAGAAGCUCAUGCUCUUGGUGCGGGAGCGCUUUGGCUGAGGGGCAGUGGGCAGCGCUGGGGACCCCCUCGGCCCCUGCUUCUGUGGCACUGGCUCUCCAUCAGGGGCCUCAGCACUGGAGGCCCAUGUGGCAUUUCAGUAUUAAGUCAGGGAAGGAGCCUGGCUGGAGCUAGGUGGUCUUGCCUGCCAUCCCCUCAGGCCUUGCUGGAGGGAGGACAUGGCAGGG